AUGAUUGGGAAUGGUACUCACCCCAUCACCUGCUGUCUAUUUGAUGAUCCCCUUCUGUCCUACCUGCUGCCUCCUGUCCUGAUUACAGUGUUCAUCCUGGGGUUCACCUUCAAUGGCAUUGCCUUGUGGGUAUUCAGCUGUCACAUGAAGACCUGGACCUCUAGCACUGUCUAUCUCGUCAAUCUGGCAGUGGCUGACUCCCUGCUACUCAUCUGCCUGCCCUUCAGGACUGACUACUACCUGAGAGAGAAGAACUGGAUCUUUGGAGAAAUCUCAUGCCGCUUACUGCUCUUCAUGCUUGCCAUGAAUAGGGCUGGGAGCAUCUUUUUUCUCACCUUGGUGGCCUUAGAUCGCUAUUUCCGAGUGGUCUAUCCUCAUCACAGAAUCAAUGCCAUAUCCAUCAAGACUGCAACUUGCAUUAUCUGUGCAGUAUGGCUUGGCACCAUCUCCCUCACAGUCUUCAUCCUCACCAAUGGUCGUCAGAGAAGCAAGAAUGGAUCCAACAAUACCUACUACUGUGACAGCUUCACCGUGUGUCCUACUAACAUCAACUACCAUGACCUGCUCUUCAUCUUGGUGUUUUUCCUGCCCCAGGUCCUCGUUCUUUACUGCUCUUACAUGAUAGUUUGGAGGCUGAGGAAAAGGAACCUGGACAGACACUCCAAGAUUAAGAGAGCUGUACAAUGCAUUGUGUUGGUGGGAAUUGUCUUCACUGUGUGCUUCUUACCCAGUGUGUCCACCAGGAUUGAGAUUCUACGGCUACUGACAACUCCUCAAGGCAGCAAGUGCUCUAGUUACCAGUCAGUGGACAGAGCUUUCUACAUCACCAUUACCUUUACCUACAUGAACAGCGUGUGUAACCCCCUGGUCUACUACUUCUCCAGCCCAGCGUUUCAGGCAUUCUAUUUGAAGAUCAUGAAAUGUCCACAACAUUCCGAAUCAGAAUCUGAGAUGGAUCAACCGAACGAUGCUCCCAUCACCAUUCCAAACAGCAGCAGCCAGCUGGCAGACCGCAUUGACUAA